AAGCAGAAGCAGGUGGUGACCUGCAAACCUCCAAAACACUCCAAAACACUGCUGCUUCCUCCUCAGGACACGCUCCAGGCUCCUCUCGGCUCUUUCUGCUGGUUCUGCCUUCGUCCCUGCAGAGAUCCUCUCUGCUUUUCCCUGUUUUCCAAAGGACAAGGGUGAGCACCCAUGAUGCUGUCGUCCCUGAAGACGCUGCUGCUGCUGUCGGUCCUGGUCGCUCCGACCUCCAGCCUCUGUUUGCGUUUCCACCAAACCCGCAACGACCUGCUCUGCGACCAGCACAUCAGGAUCCGCACCGACACCCACCAGCCCCAAUACUCCCCGGACUGGGGGUCCCUGCUGCAGUCCGAGGAGUUCCUCACCUCCUCAUCCUCCUCCUCAGCAUCCUCAUCCUCCUCCUCCUCAGCAUCAGCAUCUUCCUCCAGCUCCUCCUCCGCGGAGGAGUCCAGUCGGGAAAAAAGGACUUCCAGUCCCGCAAACUACCGCUUCAUGAGCCGGACGAAGCUCCGCGGGCAGAUGCUCCGCAACAGCGUGAAGGGGGACCGCAUGAGCAGACUGACCCUGUCCCUGGACGUCCCCACCAACAUCAUGAACGUCCUGUUCGACGUGGCCAAAGCCAAGAACCUGCGCGCCAAGGCGGCGGAGAACGCGCGGCUCCUGGCGCACAUCGGCCGGAGGAAAUAAGAAAAAGAGAUAAUAAAAAACUUAUCAGACGACCAUGGUGACCAGUGCUGGCAUAUAUGAAUCAUUUUUCAUUCCUAAAGUAAAUAAUACUUCUACUU